CACACUGCAAAUCGUAGUGAGCUGUUCAUAUCGCUCAGCUUUGGGAAAGCAGCCGUAAUCUUCAUACCUCGGGCAAUACAUUGCAAUUUUCCUCGGCGUUCAGUGUUUUACUGAGGUCAUUGUGUAAAAUGGGUAAUGGUAUCAACAAGGUCUUGCCUGACCUGUACUUGGGAAAUUUUAAAGACGCGCGGGACCGAGAACAGCUGGCAAGGAACAACAUCACACACAUCCUGUCCAUCCAUGACAGUGCCGCCCCUAUCCUCCAGGAAAUGACCUAUCUUUGUAUCUCUGCGGCCGACCUGCCUUCACAAAACCUGACUCAGCACUUCAAACAGAGUAUCAUGUUCAUGCAUGAGUCCCGACUGAAAGGAGAAGGCUGUUUAGUUCACUGCCUGGCCGGCGUGUCCCGCAGUGUCACCCUGGUGGUGGCCUACAUCAUGACGACCACAGGGCUAGGCUGGCAGGAGGCCCUGGCGGCCGUGAAGGUGGCUCGCCCUUGUGCCGGCCCCAACCUGGGCUUCCAGCGCCAGCUGCAGGAGUUUGAGACCACCCAGGCAAGCCAGUUUAGGGAGUGGCUGAGGACGGAGUAUAAAGAAAACCCAUUCCAUGACGAGGUUGACAUCCGCAGCCUUUUAGCCAGCAGCCCCAAACCCAACAAGGUGGAUGUGGAGGUGCAGGCCUCCCCCCCACCAGGGCUGCAGGGUUCCUGAGACUCCAUACCCAAGGUUUAAAAGGCUUGCACUACUGGAUGAUACCAUCCUGGCCCUAAGAGGGGAGUCCUGUCUCUCUGUCAGCACUGUUUUGGAACAGACUGUUGUUGCUCUUUAAGUCUCUGCUGGAAAGAGUUGGAUGAAGGAAGUAAAUACGAUGUAACAGGAUUUUGAAACAAUGUUUUUUUUUCGAAGUUUAUAGCUAAUGUUACAGCUUCAAUUAUCCUUAAUGUACAGUAUAGGCAUACAUACAGGAUGCCAUGUUAAGUAUGUCUGUUAUUUUAUUUUUUACAAAACUUGUACAAUGUGGUUGUAAUGAGCUUGAAGACAUUUCAGCUACAUAUUUGUGCCAUAAUAAAAUAAUUUAAGAGUUGUA